UCUCUAGGCGGGCUGCUCCCCGGGAGUGACUGUCACAGGGCCAGGCGAGCCUUCGAGCCUGGGCCAAAGCUCCACGCCGCCCGGAGAGGGCAGGCGCGAUGUGGCCUCUCCCUCUGAUGAAAAGAAAAGGGAAGGAUGGACUACACUCACCAAACUGCCCUAGUCCCAUGUGGACAAGACAAAUACAUGUCCAAGAAUGAACUUCUGCUGCAUCUGAAGACCUACAACUUGUACUAUGAAGGCCAGAACUUGCAACUCCGACACCGAGAGGAGGAAGACGAGUUCAUCGUGGAGGGGCUGCUGAACAUCUCCUGGGGGCUGCGUCGGCCCAUCCGGCUGCAGAUGCAGGAUGACCACGAACGCAUCCGCCCCCCUCCGUCUUCCUCCUCCUGGCACUCCGGCUGCAACCUGGGCGCACAGGGCACCACCCUGAAGCCCCUCUCCAUGCCCACCGUGCAGAUUUCAGAAGUGGAUACGCCAGCUGGAAGCAGCGAGACACUCAGCCCAACAGACUCCAGGGGCCUGAAGCCCGUGCAAGAGGACACCCCACAGCUGAUGCGCACACGCAGUGAUGUUGGGGUGCGUCGCCGUGGCAAUGUGAGGACAUCCAGUGACCAGCGGAAGAUCAGGCGCCAUCGUUUCUCUAUCAAUGGCCAUUUCUACAACCACAAGACUUCAGUGUUCACGCCAGCCUACGGUUCUGUCACCAACGUCCGCAUCAACAGCACCAUGACCACCCCACAGGUCCUGAAGCUGCUCCUCAACAAGUUUAAGAUCGAGAAUUCGGCAGAGGAGUUUGCUCUCUACGUGGUCCAUACCAGUGGUGAAAAGCAGAAGCUGAAGAACUCGGACUACCCGCUGAUUGCCCGCAUCCUCCAGGGUCCAUGUGAGCAGAUCUCCAAGGUCUUCUUGAUGGAGAAGGACCAGGUGGAGGAGGUCACCUAUGAUGUGGCCCAGUACAUAAAGUUCGAGAUGCCAGUCCUGAAGAGCUUCAUUCAGAAACUCCAGGAAGAAGAGGACCGCGAGGUGGAGAAGCUAAUGCGCAAGUACACUGUGCUCCGGCUGAUGAUCCGGCAAAGGCUAGAGGAGAUAGCAGAGACCCCCGAGACCAUGUGAACCGUGGGAAAGAAGGGGAAUCUGGGCACUCCAGGGGUUGCAGCUGACCUGGGAAGACCUGUGGGAAGCUAGGUGCUGUCCUUCUACAGAAAUGUCUCCACACGAACCUCUGCGCCCCUCUAAAAGCCAGCACCACUCCCUGGAGUCUGCUGAAGCCGCAGACAGCUCCCCAUGUCUGGAUCCCUGCUCUUUUUUGCCUCAUUCUCAAGGACUUUGAUUCUAAGGAGGACCCACAGCGUGUUCUCACAUACCUGAGUGUGUGUGUGUGCGCGUGUCUGUGCGUGUGUACUUACGAUGGCCAGGUGCCUCCCUGAUGUUUUCACAUGCAGUUCAAUCCCAAGCAGCCAGCAGGGGCCAUAAGGCUGGCACACAUACUGCUCCUUCACGGGAAGAACAGGGGGGUAACCGAGGCCUUGUGCCUCCUUCAGUGCCAACGUCAGCCCCACACACCUGCCAUGUUUGGAAGGGAAGAGGAUCCUGCAGGCUCAGUGUUUGGAGUUUCUGAAGGUUUUCAGCAGAGAUCCUUCUCGUUUGCAGGGAAGGAUGGGUGACUGUGAGAUUCUUGGAAAUUAGUGAAGUGACGGCCCCAUGGCCUUGGGGCAAGCCCAGUGAAGUGGGAAAGUGAGAUCACCUCGGGGCAGAUGCAAUGAGUCUGUGAGUUUUUGCACUGGAAAGGUUAUCAUUGUAGAAAGCACAGUGAAUGUCCUCUCCUAUGUGGGAAGAAUGGGUUCUGUCUUCAUUCUUGGCUUUUUUGACACUUCUGGGUGUUUCUGCUGUCUUAGCUGCCACUCCAGUUUGGGGGUUCCUCCUUGGCUUGAAGAAAGGCCUUCUGAAGCGGAAGUGCCUGGGGUGCAUAUAAUUCUGACCUGCUCAUGUGCCCGGGCCAGGUGUGUCCCAGGAUAAAUGGCAUUCAAAGGUUUUCACGUACUGGCAGACUGAAGGGAAGGUUGGAAGCCACCAGCUGAGUCGGCAGGUGCCUUCAAGCCUAGCCCGCUGUCACAUCAGUUAGAGCACCCCCCCCACACACACACUUGCAAGCUCCUUCACCUUAUACAUGGCGAUGGGUUCCAAGAAUGAAGGUGUGCCCUGUUGCUGAUUCAGCGGGGAUUAGGGAAGCUCUUUGGGGAGUCCCAUCAGUGUGGGCAGAGAGGACAGUGCUCACUUAGCUUCUGAGAAGCCUUGCUGUUGAUGUUUUUGAACCAGCCUCAUUGGCAGAAAGGGCAGCGAAGACCUUGUACCCCCUCGUUAGAGAUACCGUCAUGCAUGGCUUGUACCAUUUGAGGCCAGACAAGAUGCCCAGCUGGGGCUUGGUGCUGGUCUACAAAACCCAACCACGCAAGAUGAGCAAUUGUAACUCAGGCAUCUCUGAGCCAUGCUAUAGUGGGGUGCUCUUUCCUCCUUGCUCUCAAGGAAGUGCUAGCAGUUAAGGGACUGAGGGACCCUGACCAGCGUGCCUUGUAAGGAAGGAGGACCUCUGCCAGCAGACCUGUUUCUUGUCACUGUCCUCCACCCUCCUUAGAAGGUUCACAGCUGUGGUCUCAUUGUGGGCUUUCAAAAAGAUGGCUUAUUGUCAGCUAUUUUGCUGGGUAUCAAUUAGCAACCUAGCUCCUCUGACAGGCCAGCACCACCAUCCAUCUCAGGAUCAGAGGGAUGGAAACAGAGUCUUAGUCUCAAUCAUACACUCCUGCGGACACCAGCAAAGCACAGAACUAGGGACGGGGUGGCAGCUUACCUUAUAAUCACACACAAGACUCAUCAGGGUCCUUUCUUACACACCAAGAGCAGCUUUGUGGGUGCAAAUGUUUGAGGAAAUUUGAUUUGGGUCAUUUCUCUUCUAGUUAUCUUUCUUUUGAAUGUUCAGAGCCUGCAUUGUCCCACAAUUCUCCUUUGGAAGCUUGGGGGCUUCCCAUAGAGCACACUCUUUCUGGGAAAGUAUUUCUGGUUUAUGAAAUUUCCCUGUGAUCGUGUUAAUGUGUGACUGUUGCAGAGUGUCAGGUUGCCCAGCACUCCAAGGAGGUGGUGCCAAGGUGCAUGGCUUUUUAAAGUGUGGGGUUCAUGAGGAGAGUGGGGGUACAGGUCCACUAAUCCAUCUUGGAGCAUCCCCUAGAGACCACCUCCCACAUCCAAAUAACUGACCAAGAAUUUCAGGAAACUUGGCUGGGGAGAUGACUCACUCUUAGCAAGUGUGUGAGAAGCAGGCUUCAAUCUCUAGUAGCACAAUUUAAAAAAAAAAAAAAAAAGGAAGGAAGGAAGAGUGAAAGGAAGGAAGGUAGGAAGAGAGCAGUUAGGGUGUGGUCCAGUGGUAAAGGGUUCACUCGGAGACCUAGGGCCUGUUUUCUGACUCCAGCACCAAAUGCCACAUGAACUUUGGGAACUUUUGAAAUAGUUGCAGCUGCUCAGACCUCUACAGCGGCCAACUGGAUUUUCUCACUGGUCUCUCUUGGCCUUGAAGCUUUGAACUCCAAGACCAAUUGGUGUCGGUUUAUGUAAUUGUGUGCAAUGAACUUGAAAUCCUGAGGAAUAAAAGACCAACGAAUGUUGGGGGAGGGGAGGGCUAAUCCAACCUGUGAAAAGCGGUUUGGUGGCAUCUGAACUCUUUGUCCCCCUGUAAAGUCUUAUGUUACAAGGUGAGGAACUCGGUCCAUCCGAGUGAGGUGAUGAAAUCAAGCACACCUCGGUUGAGCACAUUAGUGGGGAGGUGAUGAUUCAAAGCACAAACGCCAGCCUGCCCAUGGGACUGGGGACGGGCAUACUGCUGACACACUGGACAAGUGCAGCUUGAAGCCCAGGAUGGGGUGAGACAGCCUCAGGAGGACCAUGCCAC